GAUGUCUCCCUCAAAGAUGGACAGAGAUAGGGACUCAGGCGAGGCUAAUUCCAAGUGAACGCUCUACAUGUUACAGCUGUUAGAACGGCUGAAGGCUAGAGUCACACGUCUGAAGUGGCAGGGAGCUGUGCAUGGGAAAGUGAAUAGGCGAGGGUGAUGUAUAUUAGGCUUCUAGUGUGGCGGAUGAUCGCAUCAACCAGCGGUUUCUCUUCCUCCAGUACGACGUUCGUGCCCUCUACCAGAAAUAAAUGGCUUCAUAAUAUCUGGCGCUGCACUGGCGGAAGAUGCCACCCCCAUCGGUGUAUAUGUAUAUGUAUUCAUGUGCCUGGGGAGUCGAGCUUUUCUUUCAGGCACAAUAUCUUCGCCUCCCAUUUGCCAAUGGACAGGGAUGAGUCAUAACGAUCAGCCUGUCUUCCAAUGCGAGGGAGUUUCAACUUCUACACCAAAUUCC